AUGGCAGACCCCGCCAAGCUGGCCGACAAGAUGCUGCGCACCCCCAACUGCUCGCGGUGCCGGAAUCACGGUUACCUGGUGGCAGUCAAGGGCCAUGCAGGCAAGUGCCGCUGGAAGCAGUGCAAUUGCGAGAAGUGCUACCUCAUCACCGAACGCCAGAAGAUCAUGGCCGCGCAGAAGAUGCUCAAGAAGCAGGCCUCCGAAGAGGACCAGGAGCUGGCCUCCCGGGCCGCGGCUAUCGCCCCGGCUUCCAGCCUCCGCCCGCUGCCUCCGCUUGCCGCUUCCGGAGAAGUGGAGCCGGGCCCCGAGGGCCGUGCGGCCGCCUACUUGCUGGAGAGACCACCGCGCGGCCCAAGCCCGGGCCCUAGUGCCUUCCAGCCAGUUGUGGCCGGUCGCGGCCACAUGGGUCCAAGCGACCGAGCUGCCGUGGCCAUGCCCGGUUUUGUAGGGCCCCAGCUCGGGGCGGAGGCCGCAGGCAGGGGAGGCCCUGGCCACUUGGAGAUGCGCAGGCCUCUGCGGCCCGUGCCCAGCCCGCCGUUCGCCUUCGGGCUCUCUCUGAGCAUCAACUCAGAUACUGUGGUGGGGUCUGAGUACCUGGAGAGAGAGCCUUCUAAGCUGUAUCCCAGCUGCUCCAGCAUGUAUUCCUAUCGCUCAUUCCCGAUGGGCUACCAGGAUCCAUCCCCGGGCCUGGGGAUCCCCCUGCAGCAGGGCUUCCGGCAUGUGUCCUUCAGCCACUACCAUGGAGGAGGCUCGGAGCCAGUUGAAGACUUCCAGCCAAGCUACCCCCCGCCGCCGCUGCUGCCGCCACCACUGCUGCCACCACCGCUAUCACCACAGCCCCAGUUCCUCCCACCAGGCUUCCUCUCUGGGAUCCAUUUCCUUCCACCACUGCCACCACCACCACCACCAGCGUCUUUCUCGCUGACUGUCCUAUCUGAUACGGACCAGGAGACCACUGAUGACCAGGAUGCGGAGGUGCCUCGUGAGCCCAGCCAGCCAUCGUCUCAGGAGCAGUCCAACUAG